AUGCGAGCGCAGUUGGUAUUGGCGGCGCUGGUGUGCGCGUGGGGCGCGGGCGAGGGCGCGGCGCGCAACGGCAGCCGCUACGGGUUCUACCGCAGCAUGGUGGCGGAGCGCAACGGCACGCGCGGGCUCGGCGCGGCCGGCAAGCCCGGCGCCGGGCUCGGCAGCUCGCGCCGCGUCUUCGGCGGCGAGGCCACCACACUCAGCUCGUACCCGUCCGCGUGCGUGCUGCUGGACCGCUACUGGUCGGCGCGCUGCUCGGCCGCGGUGGUGGCGCUGCGCUGGGCGCUUACGGCCGCGCACUGCGUUUCACCGCAGAUCGCCUACGUCAAGUACAACUCGCGGCGCCCCGCCUCGCCCGAGGGGGACCUCGCCUCCGUGCACUAUCUGUACCGCCACCCCGGCUACAAGGUGGUGCAGGAGGACGAGGGGCGCGGCAUCGACGUGACUCUGCUGCACCACGACGUGGGGCUGGUGCGCACGCGCCAGGACAUGUUCCUCACGAACACGCCGCAGCUCGAUCCCAUGCAAGCCAUGCGACUCUACAAUCCCAUCGAUCUCAAGAAUGAAGAAGUCCAGGUGCUCGGGUACGGGCGCACGGAGAAGUCGAUGCUGGGCGAGGAGCUGUUCGAGGUGCGGCUGCGGCUGGUGUUCUGCGAGCGCGGCGCGUGGUUCCACUGCGUGUGCGGCGUGGCGGCGGCGCGCACGGGCGGCGGCGCGCGCGGCGUGUGCUCGGGCGACUCGGGCGGGCCCGUGCUGUACCGCGGGGCGCAGGUGGGCGUCACCUCCAUGGGCCCGCUCGAGUGCGCCGCCGGCAAGGUGGACCCCGCCGAGGGCGCCACCAGCGUCUUCACGGCGCUCUACAACUACGCGGACUUGAUCAACGCCACCAUCUACGACACGGAGGCGGCGUUGCGCAUGCGCAUCAUCGGGUCGGGCGCGCCGCGCGCUGGGGCCGCCUGCCCUCUGCUGGCCGCCGCCGCGCUCGCGCUGCUGCUCGUGCCCGCGGGGUGAAGCCCUCAGCGUCCGUGCUGUCCACGUGGAAUUAGUUAUGACUUGUGACGGAAAUUAAUAAACAACAAUAUAAUUUUAUUUUCCCUAUGUUGAUUUCGCGUCGUAUUAGGAUGCCAGUCAGGGUUUUAGAAUGUGGGGACUAGGUGUGGUUGUGUUCAAUCUUGCUAGAUCAACAACAUCCUACUGGGGCUCCUCGCAGCGUUUCAGCGCGUAUUAUUGUUUCUGGAUCAUCUCAAAGGAACACAAAAUUUUCGUCUUGAACAGUUCUGACUUAAUAUAGGGUGUCAGUUUCUAUGAUGCCAAUUUACCCAAUUGGUGAUACCUUUCUAAUGUACAUACUAUUCGACUAAACGAUAUCUCGACGAUCUUAAUGACACAGAUUGCGCAUAAAUGGAAAUGCAGUUCUCACUGGUCCAGUUCGUCGCUGGUGAGGAGUCACAAGGAUAGUUGCGGUAUUCCAUAAAAGGUGAGUAAGUUGUGAAACAGCGCCUAAAGCCGCGCGCGGUCUGUGCAUGUACCAGCCUACAUUAGCAUUGCCCACCACACUACUCAGUGCAGAUUGGCUGCUCAUUUCAGAUUCCAAUAUUUCCUCCCCGUUCAUCAGUAGUGGCUUAGAAUAAUAAAGCAAGUUUGUACAUUGUAGGUACACAUUAUGUAACUUUGAAAAAGUCACAUUGGUACUUAACCUGCGUUGGAAUCAAACACGUACCUUGUGCAUACAAAUCCAUGCAUAGAACCGCAAGGCCUUCGCGAGACGAGAAUGAACUUGCUUGUUGAUAAAUAUAGGUAUUCGAUGUAAUGAAUAUGAACGGAAACAAAUCAAAACAAAUCCUGGCACAGAACAAUGUCACAUUGCGAGGAAACCGGCUAAACAAGAAAAAAUUGCGUUGCAUAAAGCUACGUCAGACUCGGUCAGACACCCCAGAGACACCAGUUUGAACUACAUCAACCAUAAUAAAAAGAAGAAAGGUAUGCUCAAAGUAUGAGUCUCUAUGCAAGAAAAAUAUUAGUAACGUGUCCCAACGCGCACAGCAGCAGCACAGCAGCUGAGUUUAAUGACGGCGCUGCGUCGGGCCGGCGCGCGCCGCGCUCCAGUUACGAGGUCCGCUCGCCUGAAGCUUGUGUGUACACUACAAUUGCAAAGCUCUUUGCAACGCUACUCUUAGCUACUUAGUUUUUUCUCGUUCGUACCUCUGCGACCCGGUUAUGUCGAUUGACGUUAUUGCGGCGCGCGGCACGCCACAACAUUAGGGCUCUUUAGCCGAAUAGAAAAAAAAACGGAGCCCCCAUAGAUUUCCCACUUCCUGCUCUCUGUAUGUGUGUAUGAGGAGGAGGACUAACCUGUUACGAGGAAAGAGUUCAGAUACUGUGAAACAGUUAAAAUUUAAAAUACACUUAAAUCGAAAGGAAGGCGGGCCUUUCCAACGUAAGUAGAAAUAGUUUUCAUGACGUGCACUGUAACGGUCCGGUCACAUACUUCUGUAGAGUUUCGUAGCACGUUGCACAUGGCACGUGACAGCUAGAUAGAUUUACACGCAAAAUGUAUACUGUUGCCGGUAUAUCAGUAAAUACGACAAAGAAAUGUAAAGUUUAAGCAACGCUUUUUAAGCUCAUGAAUUUGAUAGUGACUGCUGGCGCUGCUGAUGGGUCCGCCUAAGUUUUAUAAUAAUCGGGCAAAAGAAUAUUGUGUUGGUUACAAUGGGAAAAACCGCUGACAGUUUUAGAGAACAUUUCAAAAACCGUAUUUAAAAGUUUGGAUAAUAAGGAGCCCUCGCUUGCCUUGCUUAGUUUUUAUGAAAUAAGUACUAAUUAAUAGCAAUUCAUGUUGCACCUUAGAUGGGCUAGCCAUAUUCGCCGGGUAAUGAAAGAAAACAGCCAGUAAACAGAUCAAACAGUUUAGUACUAGUUGUGAGCGGUCGAGCCAAGCAACUCAAUGUGUGAGCUCCUCUUAAAGUGUACUCAGAACUAAGUGUAAUGUUACUGAUUAUCUGUAGUGAUUGGUAUUUCUAUUUGAUCAGUCAUACGUAAAUCUUCCGAUCUAGUGAACCUCGCAAACGUUUUCGUAGCCUGCGUCGCUCCGACAUCAAUCAAACAAAAAUAUGAGAUCCCUGCGGCUGUGCGGCUGUGCGUGUCGCGUCUGCCUAACAAUACAUCUCCGUUCAUGUGCUUGUGAUGCCACUUGCCGCGGGUUAUCACCGGUCUUGAUAUCGAUUGUCGAUUGUGGAGCACCGCUCGGAGCUGGAGGACUCUCGUCUUGAGUGACAAUAUCCGGCUGUCGUGACGCCCCGACGGUGCGCCGCCCGCCCCUUUAGAGGGAGUAUUCAAGUAACAUACUAAUCAACUGUAAUUUUGGUCUUAUGGUCGAAGGUGAACUAAAAAUGCAUUGAUGAUAACUGGUAACGACCUAGUUGCGAGUUUUGGGUGAAAGUAAAGGUUACGGACAAUAUUAGGUCGGUGCCAACGGUAUGCCACGGGAACGUUGGGUGAUAGCUACACGCCGCUGUUAUAAACAGCGAGUAACAUGUAAGCCUAAUGGAAAUAGAUGUGACGGCGCCAGAAGCGCGGCGCGUGUCGCGGCCGGCGCGGGGCGCGACCUCCUGCAGCCCCGCUGUACACCUGGACGGCGCACUCGCUGCCGCCGCCGCCGCCGCCCCGCCUCUCACCCGCACUAUUACGCUAGCACUGUUACCACUAAUCACGACAAGUAAGGAUACUGCCGACCGUAAUGCCCUUCGUAAACAUGUGAAUGACAGUCGGGAGUCACGCCACGGCUGGCGGGACACAUAAUUGUUUACGAAAAUUCUUUACGAAGUUUUACCGUGGAGAGAGGUCAUAAAUCAAUGUGAGGCUGAGCAAGUCGGCCUUACUCGGCCACUGGAGAAAUAACAUGUACAAAUAUGGGUAUUAACGAACAAAAUAAAAUAGAUAGUGUCGUUAAAACUCCUAAAAAGUAAUAAAACUAAUCGCAGGGGAGCUGACCGAGACCAUCGCGGCUCUAACUCACUUAACUUGCAGAGCAUGCUUAUCCACAUGAUACUGAAAUUGUUCGGAUCCUGCAUCACUCACCGUUUAUGUCUCGCAUUAUUCGGCAUACCUAUUACAAGCAGAAAUCAUAACAAAACCAUGGCGUUCACUUUAUACAAACAUGCGAGUGCAAGUGUAGAGGAGAGCGCCAUCUUCCGACGAAAACAUUUAAUAAAAGCAUUAUGGUGUUGUGAGUGGAUCCAGUGAGAUCCAGAGAGAUCCAGAGAGAUAGUGUCGACAGCACCAGCACCAACUGUGUCACCCAGAGGCUGCAUGUGUAUUAAAUCUUACUGCUAAUCAUAGCAGUAAGAUUUAAACAGAGCAUAUAUAUGACUGGUGUAACAUGUUGUAUUGUGUUUGUAUUGCACCGGACUGAAUUCUCCCCUGUUAAUCAGUCUGCUACGAAUCCGUAGAACCUUUCGUAGCUAGUAAGCGACGUAGGCACGCGGCGGCUACGGUGGGGCAAGGGAACAACGGCAGCAGUGAACAGUUAUCAGGCUGAGCGUGAAGCGCCCCCCGGACUCACCAGCUGGGGGAGCUGCCAAGGGCUGUGUCAUUAUCUAAAUGAUUCAUAUCCUACGAAGUGCUAUUAUUCUAGCUACUAAUAAACCAUGAAAAUAAUGUGACGUGCGUUGAUCUCGUGACAAGAAAUACUCUUGACGUAACAAUCAUUUCGCUUUUCAGUGUAAAUUUGAUGCUAAUAAGAAAGUUGUAUCGGGGCUGGGUCGCGACUCGCGGCGCAGGCGCUCGGCGGGACGCGUCUUGCCGCGCGUCAGGUUUAGCGCCGACGCGCUCCAUCUCGUCCAAUUACCGCAAUUAUUGUCACGCUAAUAUAGUUAUUGCUCUUGUUCCUACAUAUUCUAAUGUUUUCAGCAUACAUAAUUCCGUGUAGGAAUGUAUCAGCUUAAUACCUUACGAUGAAUAAUAAUUUCAAAUGUCACAACAUUGUAACUGUAUUUUGCAAACAGUUCAUGUUGGUUUAAUAUUUUUUUAGUACAAUUUUUUAUUAUCAUUUUAAAUAGCAAAGUAUGACUAAACGCAAUGAUUGUAAACGACUAUUUACGAAUGCACAGAUAACUUAGGUCCUGACUUGAGCACCUCGACAGGCUUGCUGACCAUUAGAUUUUUGCCUAAAUACGAGUAGGAUUGACAAAAGUAAUUACAAUACGGUAGUUUACUCACUCAAUUUAUUAAAACUCCGAGGACUUCUUAGAGAAGUCCUUAACUGUAAGUUAUUCCAAUAGAGACGCGUUAGUAACCUGAUGUACCAUAUAAUUAGGAACCCGCCUCACGAAACCAAGUGUCCCAAUAUGCUACAGCAUAACUUGUAUGCGAACGGAUAGGGAACGGCGGGACAUGCAACAGACUCUUGUCACAAACAUAGAGGCACAGAAGGCGCUAUGUCACACUAUGAAAAAAAUACCAUCUCAAGUAAAUAAUUUGGAGCGUUUUUUUAAAUUAAUGAUACAUGUUUUGGCACUUUAAGAUUUCUUGCUUUUUAUUAUAUUUUACUUUUCGAAGGGUGCUUCGGUUUCGUUUCAAUACUUUACGUUUAUGUUCAGUAUAGAAUAUGCAGUGUUGUCUCGUGAGUUUGGAAGUCGCGACUGCUGGUGUAGUUGCGAGUGCGGCCAUGCGGCUCUCCGCGACACGUAAUAGAGACAAUGAUGGACGUCGCCGGCUCUAAUGAAAAAAUAAUUGACGUCAUCUCGUCGCCGCCACUGUCCUCGUCUGUCGCCUUAUAAUAAUGCCAAUUAAUGGCGAUCGUGUUGGAGUGCGCCGCCCGCACCCCGCACCCCGCACCCCCCUGGAUACUAUGGAGAACUCUUCGUAAUGUCUUCUUAUGCCGUGUUUCCUACAGCUGACUGAGCUAGUUAAGAUGAGCUUUCAUACAUAUUGUUCUAACUCAGGAAAUCAUAAAUCAGGUAAGGUACCCUGACCUGCGCAAGAGUAUUUCCAUUUCCAUGCACAAGGUGGAAGAUUGAUGGAUCGUUGAGCUCAGGAUAAAACUAAAGUUCCGUUCAACCGGAUGGUCGAUCUGGUUUACCGCCAGCGAUUCCGAAUGACUGGCGAUCAGCACCGGACGACACCGGCUCCGGGUCCGGCUCACGUCCGGCGCGCUGCCGUUUCUCCCCCCUCCCCCCCGCAAGGUCGCUUUUGUGGUACUAAUGUAAUAUAUAUGUGGUUGUUUGCUCUUCAUAAAAAGCUAGUUUAUGGAUAAAUAAACAUUAUAUUAUAGGUACCACAUAAAUAUUAAUGGCGUAGCAUAUCGGUUGUAGUGCUCAUAGUCUGGCUUCAUAGUUCGUUUAUUACUCAAUACAUCAAGAUCAUUAAGAGGACCGCGAGAGCCGCGUGCGUCGCGUGCGCCACGUGUGUGGGGCGGAGCGUUAGGCUUUGAUACGCGAGGGCAGGAAGCAAUAAAGCGGAGUACGCACAGUUGGCGGAAAGCGAGCAUUAUGCAGUCGUAUGUUACCCGAGCAAAUGUAAUAUGGGACGCACUGAAGAUUGAUUGCCGUGAACCUGCGCCAGGUGCGCCUCGGAGGGCCGCGACUCUACUAAAUAUUAUAUUAAAUGUACCCACCUCACUAGACCUCCCCAAAGUUAAUCUACCUAAGAACAUAAUUAAAAAAAUUAGGUAAUGAUAUAUUUUCGCAUACUUAUACAAGGGAGGGCGGGAGGCUCGGCCGGCUCGCCAGCGACAGCGGAGCUCGGCGUCGUUUGUCACGAUUUCCGCGGGAUGUGUCACGUCACGCUCCAUUGGGGACAAUGUUCAGCGUGAUGAAAUCAGCCUGUAAUUAUUUCUGUGGCAACUUUCACCGCCUAUAAAUAAAUGGCGGCGUACAACAGACAUGCGCCCAGCUCGCCUCUUGGUGUGUGUGUGUGUGACACUGUAACUAUAUGUAAACUUGCCAAAUGGUGGAGCGACUGAUAAACAUUCGUCUCUUGGGAACUGUCCCAAAUACUCGAAUAUAUCAUAAAUGUCAGAAAGUUGUUCUGGUGUUAACUAGACCAAGUAAACGGUAAUGAGGUGUACUCGCACAGGCCUGCGCGCAGGUCCCGGCCCUGCCGGCGUCCGCACUCCACACGUGACCGCGGCCGCUCCGACCCGACCUCUAGCUCUACACGUAACUACUAUGUGGGAAAUACUUUAUCUGGUAUCAACAUGUAGCGUACAACUUGAAAUUAAGAACCAUACUUAUCAUAUUUAUUUUGUGUUCAAUCUUCUUCAACAUUGUUUUGUACAGCAAAACUGUAACUUUUAUAAUUAACAGGGUAGGUAUAUGUUACUUUAGUCAGGAAAUUGUAAUUGUCUUGAAGUGCUCAUAAAUGAAGAGUAAUGUACCCGCUCAUCGCUUUAGAACUAUUCACAAGAAUGUAUACAGUUUUAUAGAGCCUUGCAGUCCAUCAAAUAAUGAAAAGCCAAUACGAACUAAUAACAUAGGUUAUAUCAUAAGAUUUCAGUCGAACAAACUUAGUAUGGAGUAAGCGCGAGACCGGCAACGAGUAUCAGACACAAGUCAGUAAGUGAAUUUAGCGCAGCGCACUAGACAAACCCGGCUGAUAAGAAAUUUAAUAAGAGUGGAGCGCGAGCCGACGCUGCUCUGUAAAUAAGACGCUGAUUGCGAUCUGGCGAGCGCGCGGGCCGGCCGCGGGCGGCGAGCGGGGCGGCGAGCGG